GAUGGAUGGUAUAAGAUGAAAUACACCCGGUGCGGAACUACAAUAUAGCUCAACUGCUCCUUCACGAUACAUUAGUCACCAUUAUAAAAUUUAUACAAAAUGCGUGAAAUAGUUCAUCUUCAAGCUGGUCAGUGCGGAAAUCAGAUUGGUGCCAAGUUCUGGGAAGUAAUUUCAGACGAACAUGGCAUUGACCCCACUGGUACAUACCAUGGAGACUCAGACCUACAGCUAGAGCGCAUUAAUGUGUACUACAAUGAGGCCUCAGGUGGCAAAUAUGUCCCCCGGGCCGUCCUUGUUGACCUCGAGCCUGGCACCAUGGACAGUGUCAGAUCUGGACCAUUCGGACAAAUCUUCAGGCCUGACAACUUUGUCUUUGGUCAGUCUGGUGCUGGCAACAACUGGGCAAAAGGUCAUUACACUGAAGGAGCAGAGCUAGUGGACUCAGUGAUGGAUGUAGUCAGGAAAGAGGCGGAGAACUGCGAUUGUCUUCAGGGCUUCCAACUGACACACUCCCUUGGUGGGGGCACUGGGUCUGGUAUGGGAACACUUCUAAUCAGCAAGAUGAGGGAGGAGUACCCAGACAGAAUCAUGAACACAUUUUCAGUCGUACCCUCACCUAAAGUCUCAGACACAGUCGUAGAACCUUACAACGCAACCCUGUCAGUCCACCAGUUGGUUGAAAACACAGAUGAAACAUACUGUAUAGACAAUGAAGCCUUGUAUGACAUUUGCUUCCGUACCUUGAAACUGACCACACCCACAUAUGGUGACUUGAACCACCUAGUCAGUGCCACCAUGUCCGGUGUCACCACUUGCCUCAGGUUCCCUGGACAGCUGAAUGCUGACCUCAGGAAACUUGCUGUCAACAUGGUGCCCUUCCCACGUCUACACUUCUUCAUGCCUGGCUUCGCCCCCCUCACCUCAAGAGGUUCCCAGCAGUACAGAGCCCUGACUGUGCCCGAGCUGACCCAGCAGAUGUUUGAUGCCAAGAACAUGAUGGCCGCCUGUGACCCCAGACAUGGCCGCUACCUCACUGUGGCUGCCAUUUUCAGAGGUCGCAUGUCCAUGAAGGAGGUUGACGAGCAGAUGUUGAACGUCCAGAACAAGAACUCAUCCUACUUUGUUGAAUGGAUCCCCAACAACGUCAAGACAGCUGUCUGUGACAUUCCACCCCGUGGUCUCAAGAUGUCUGCCACCUUCAUUGGUAACAGCACCGCCAUCCAGGAGCUGUUCAAGCGCAUCUCAGAGCAGUUCACAGCUAUGUUCCGUCGUAAGGCUUUCCUCCACUGGUACACUGGCGAGGGCAUGGACGAGAUGGAGUUCACUGAGGCCGAGUCCAACAUGAACGACCUGGUCUCAGAGUACCAACAGUACCAGGACGCCACUGCUGAGGAUGAGGGAGAGUUUGACGAGGAGGAGGGUGAAAAUGAAGCACAAGAGUAUGCAUAAAUGACCUCUGUCCAUCCAUUUGUCCAAACUUAACACAAGGCUAACACACCAGGUUUUAGACUGGCCAUCUACAAAGAGGAUACUUGAUUGCAUUUAUGUAAAGCUUUCAUUAUUUUAAUUAUAGGUGCUGACCAUUCAAAAAAUGCUCCCUGAAAUUUUUCAAGGCAUUGUGCACCUGACUUGGUGCUUAGGGUUAUGUUGGUUUUAUUCUGCUUUGUUGUCAUGAUCUUGUGCAAACAUUUGUUCUGGUAUUUAGUUCUGUGGACUAACUUUUCUCAUGUCUUUUUCACUUUGUGUACGAUGGCCAAUAAAAUCUUACAUUGCUUUGUAA